AGAAGACAAGCCAGGAAGUAAAGCGCACGAAUGACCCCACUCAUGGGGUCCUCACUUCUCAGCUAACCCUCACUCUCCUGUGAUUUGGACUUGGAGAGGAGUCUUCAGGGAGCCCGGAGCCUGGACAGCCAAUGGGGGCCAACCCCAGCAGGUCUCAGGGAUCCUAAAGGAGGAGUGGCUUCAGUGAAGAAUGAGGACAAAUGAGAGACAAGGCUCAGUGACCUAUGAAGAUGUAACUGUGAUAUUCACUCAAGAGGAGUGGGCACUAUUAAAUCCUUCAGAGAAGAAACUCUACAGAGAUGUGAUGUGUGAAAACUUCAGAAACUUUCUUUCAAUAGAAAAGAUACAAGAACAUUCCACCGAAGCGCAGCAUAACUUGCAUGGGAGUAAACAAAGUAAUACAACAGUUAAAAUCUCUGUGGACAACGAUAGUCAGAAUGGUAGAAAAUUUCAAGAAUGUGAAGUAUACAGCAGACUAUUCACUUACCCUAUUCAUCUUCAACAACAUGAUAGAAUUCACAGUGACGAGAAACCCUAUGAAUGUAAACAAUGUAGUGAAACAUUCAGUUCUAGUAGUCUUCGGAGACAUGUAAGAAUUCACAGUGGAGAGAAACCCUAUGAAUGUAAACAAUGUAGUAAAACAUUCAGUUAUUUCAGUUUUCUUCAGAAACAUGAAAGAACUCACAGUGGAGAGAAACAGUACGAAUGUAAACAGUGUAGUAAAACAUUCUGGAGUUCCAGUUGUCUUCGGACACAUGAAAGAAUUCACAGUGGAGAAAAACCCUAUAAAUGUAAACUAUGUAGUAAAACAUUCAGGCAAUCCAGUCAUCUUCAGACACAUCAAAAAAUUCACACUGGAGAGAAACCCUAUGAAUGUAAACUAUGUAGUAAAACAUUCAGUUGUUCCAGUAGUCUUCGAAAACAUGAAAGAAUUCACACUGGAGAGAAACCCUAUGAAUGUAAACUAUGUAGUAAAACAUUUAGUUAUUCCAGUACUCUUCGGAGACAUGAGAGAAUUCACAGUGGUGAGAAACCCUAUGAAUGUAAACUAUGUACUAAAACAUUUAGUUAUUCCUGUCAUCUCCGGAUACAUGAAAGAAUUCACAGUGGAGAGAAACCCUAUCAAUGUAAACUAUGCAAUAAAACAUUCGGGCGAUCCAGUCAUCUUUGGCAUCAUGAACGAACACACAGUGGAGAGAAACCCUAUGAAUGUAAACAGUGUGGUAAAACAUUCACUUAUUCUAUUCAUCUUCAACAACAUGAAAGAAUUCACACUGGAGAGAAACCCUAUAAAUGUAAACUAUGUAGUAAAACAUUCAGUUGUUCCAAAAGUUUUCGGACACAUGAAAGAAUUCACAGUGGAGAGAAACCCUAUAAAUGUAAACUAUGUAGUAAAAUAUUCAGUUGUUCCCGUAAUCUUCGGAUACAUGAAAGAAUUCACAGUGGAGUGAAACCCUAUAAAUGUGAACUAUGUAGUAAAACAUUCAGGCAGUCCAGUAGUCUUCGGACACAUGAAAGAAUUCACAGUGGUGAGAAACCCUAUGAAUGUAAACAGUGUAGUACAAAAUUCAGGCUAUCCAGUCAUCUUCGGCAACAUGAAAGAUUUCACAGUGGAGAGAAACCCUAUGAAUGUAAACUAUGUAGUAAAACAUUCAGGAGUAAGACAUUCGUAGGAUCCAGUUAUCUUCGGCAACAUGAACAAACUCAUAGUGGAGAGAAACCCUAUGAGUGUAAACAGUGUAGUAAAAGAUUCAGUUGUACUGGUAGUCUUCAGAGACAUGAAAAAAUUCACAGUGGAGAGAAACCCUAUGAAUGUAAACUAUGUAAUAAAACAUUCAGUUUUUCUGGUAGUCUUCAGAAACAUGAAAGAAUUCACAGUGGAGAGAAACCCUAUGAGUGUAAACAGUGUAGUAAAACAUUCAGUUGUUCCAGUGCUCUUCGGACACAUGAAAGAUCUCACAGUGGAGAGAAACCCUAUGAAUGUAAACUAUGUAGUAAAACAUUCAGGCAAUCCAGUCAUCUUCGGCAACAUGAAAGAUCUCACAGUGGAGAGAAACUCUAUCAAUGUAAACAAUGUAGUAAAAGAUUCAUUUGUUCCAGUAGUCUUUGGGCACAUGAAAGAACUCACAGUGGAGAGAAACCCUAUGAAUGUAAACAGUGUAGUAAAACAUUCAGUUCUUCCAGUAAUCUUCGGAGACAUGAAAAAAUUCACAGUGGAGAGAAACCCUUUGAGUGUAAACUAUGUAGUAAAACAUUCAGUUGUGGUGGUAAUCUUCGGACACAUGAACGAAUUCACAGUGGAGAGAAACACUAUGAAUGUAAACAAUGUGGUAAAGCAUUCAGUUAUUCCAGUAGUCUUCAGACACAUGAAAGAAUUCACAGUGGAGAGAAACCCUAUGAAUGUAAACUAUGUAGUAAAACAUUCAGCUGGUAUGGUAAUCUUUGGAGACAUGAAAGAAUUCACAGUAGAGAAACCCCAUAA